GCGUAAUACGCCCGCACAACACCCUGGCAGGCACAGCUGAGGAGGCCGGAUACCUACAGCAAUGUCAGGAAUCAUACAUGUCCAGCUUUAAAGAUUGUAUCGUCAUGUGAUCGGCGUCACGGUUGUGGAAGUAUAUGUGGAAGUAUAUGUAUUUAAUAAUUUUUGCGGCUUUUACGGCUGAGUUCUGCGAUGCUGGUUACUUUAAGUAUACCUACCUACCAGGUAUUCAUCUAGCUUGGAGGAUGCUCAUCAAGGUGUUGGGGGUUUUGGGUUGCACGGCUUACAAUGCCAGGCAUGUGAGACGAGGGAAUAAUCUCGAUCAAGACAAAUUAAACUGCAUGUCUCUGCGAUUCCGACGCUUUUCUGCAAGGCACAUCAGGUACCUAAGUCAUCUUAAAUGUUUUAAGAAUCGGCCCCCAACGGUGAACCCCGAAGUGUCUAAAGUAGCGAUCACAGACACGUGGAUGGAAUUUGCGAGAAACUCAAAGACGCAGGAUGUGUUUUAUACGUCGUCUUAGCCUUCGAUGUAGUGGCUCAGCUUUACUUGAGCCUCAUAAAGAUUACUACCACGAGA